AUGAGUGAUUUAAACGCGUUAAUCAAACAGUUCCAAUUUGAGAGAUUACUUAAAUCUGACACUCAGGCGAAGACCAUUGCUCUUCUUGGAAGAAUUCUGAAUGAGUAUGCCAUAGUCAUUAUUGAAAAAUCAGCUUUCAAUGUUGAAACCCUAAACUCACAUAAUAAUACCUCCCAUUUAAUAGAGCGCAUAUCAACCAUCAAUUCCAAUGAUGUUUACAGCUGGGGGACGGCUUUAUUAUACCAAGAUUUGGAGCAGCUACCUGCAGCCAAAAUCAACUUGAUUUACCCUGCUACUGAGACUCACGUAAGAAAAUAUACCAGUCAAAAGCUACAUUAUAUCAGAGAGACCCCUGAAAUGUAUCAAAAGUACGUGGUUCCGUACAUAGGAACCAUGAAGGGUGACAGGAUCCAAUGGGUGUACAACAUAUUGUUCCACGGUAAGGAGCUGGAAUCGGUCAUUUACCACGAUAAAAGUGAUGAGGGCUUUGUUUUGCUACCAGAUAUGAAAUGGGAUAAUGUUAAUUUGGAGAACUUGUACUUGUGCUGUAUUGUCAACCGAGUAGACUUAUCAUCAGUACGAGACUUGAAUGGUUCCCAUGCGGAGUGGUUGAGGAAAGUUCAGGACAAGAUCAAAACUGUGACGAAUGAAACAUUUGGUAUUGAUCCAGAUCAGUUGAAAGUAUUUGUACAUUACCAUCCCAGCUACUAUCAUUUUCAUUUGCAUAUUGUCAAUGUACAUCAUCCUGGUUUGGGUGAUGGAAUUGCUGUUGGAAAAGCAAUCUUGUUGGAUGAUAUUAUCGAUAAUUUGCAGCUUGCUCACGAUUACUACGAAAAAAAGACAAUUGGGUUUGUCUUGGGAGAAAAUCAUGGUUUAUGGCAAAUUGAAGGAUACAGAAAGGAACAUAGUAGUUAG